AUGGCAUUUCAAUCAACUGCUAGUCUCAACCUCCUCCCGACCGAGAUCCUUGAACGAAUCCUUUUCUCCAUUACCGAUCUCCGAUCAAUUUACCAUCUCGUCACGGCUAGCCCGGCUGCGUCUCGCGUCUUUGAGUCCUCAGAAGUGGGACCAAAAGCUCUCGAUCAUGCGCUUGCUGAGUCAAUGUCACCCCAUGUGGUCGAGCUGGUCCGCCUUGUCGGUCUAAUCCGCAUCGCAACGCCAGGCCAUCCACCAGCAUCGUCGCUCCAGGAAUUUAUCGAGAAGCACACCCAAUGCCAAGGAGGCCAGGACUCUUCCUUCCUCUCGCCUGCACCAAGCCUCGCGCGCUCGCUCCGCGGCCAAUCUCCUCAGCUCGUCCGGGACAUUCUCUUGACCGCGCGACGCAUCUGCUGCCUGGCGUGGGCCUGUUUCGAACACUAUCGCAGCCGAUGGUCCUCCGUCAUCCCAUCCCACCUCGAAGACCCCUUCGCUUGGGGUGUUGGUCGUGAAAAGCCAUGGCGCCAGAACCCCCUUGGGAAGCCAUACAAGCUACAACCUAUCGGUCCCUUCUGCUGGAUGGAGGAGCAACGCGUGAUGCGAGGGUUCUGGAGAUUGCAGCUGCUGAUCGACCUGAAGCUCGCGGCUUCUGAAGGCCGGCUGGGAUGGGCCCUGGGAGACGGCCAACGAGAGAUAUCUCCUGAGAUUCUAUUUGCAGGCUGGACCUGGCAGAAAGAGGAGUUCCUCACCGUUGUGGAGUUCGUUGACCAUGUGCAAGGCGGUUCAGUUCUCGCGCAAGGCUCUCGGCGUCUCCCGACCCCUCCUCUCGACUACGAGUUCGCAAAUAAGUGGCAAAACCCAGCCUUGCCAGGAGUUGUAGACCCCAGAUGGCCACGAGAGGAAAUUUCAAAGGGACAACCACCGUGUUGGCCGUUCUACGUGGUCAGACUAUUAAAAAAUCCGUAUUCGCCCAUCCGCGGAGUUCCGUUCUGGCCGUAUCGCCAGCUGGGACUAGCCAUCUGGGAAGAAGACAAACUAGAUGCACUAGAACUAUCACUUAAGCCGUAUGCUUCCAGGGCAUGCAAACGGCCAACAUCGUCGGGCGACCAAGUCUUCACCUGGAGAAGCCUCUUGAGCCAAGAGCUUAUAACCGAACUCCAAAGGAACAUGGAAGAGGACUGCCAGAAGAACGGGUUUUCGUUUAACCGCGGUAACCCAGACAUGUGA